AUGGCACUCGGCUUACUCUUCCAUUCUUUUUCAGUGACCCACCCAUCCUUUCACCUUGACCAUUCUCUACCUGGGGCUCGACGAUUUCGCCCCACCCAACCGCGAUUGUUCACCUCGGCCCACGCGCUAAAAUUUCCUCUCCCAACAGGGAUUUGGAUGAGUGCGCUCGCUAGAUUAGGGGGGAUCUAUCUAUCUAUCUAUCUAUCUAUCUAUCUAUCUACUUCAUGUAAAACUCUUCAUAUCUAUCUAUCUAUCUAUCUAUCUAUCUAUCUAUCUAUGUGUUCAUAUCUGUCUCUCUCUCUAUGCCUGUUCAUAUCUAUCUAUCUAUCUAUCUAUCUAUCUAUCUAUCUACUUCAUGUAAAACUCUUCAUAUCUAUCUAUCUAUCUAUCUAUCUAUCUGUGUUCAUAUCUGUCUCUCUCACUCUAUGUCUGUUCAUAUCUGUCUAUAUCAAUCUGUUCAUUUUCUAUCUAUCUAUCUAUCUAUCUAUCUAUCUAUCUAUCUGUGUUCAUAUCUGUCUCUCUCUCUCUCUAUGCCUAUACAUCUGUCUAUCUAUCUAUCUGUCUAUAGUGGUGCAUUUCAUAAAGAAAAGCUAUUGA